AUGACCGUAUCAAGUACUGCUGCUGCUUCGAGUUCUUCAUCAUCAUCAUCAUCAAAUGGAAAACACAUCGGGUGUGAGAAUCCGAUCAUUAUUAAUGCAGGAAGAAGUGAAUGUUCAUUGACUGCACAUUUAAUUACCUUGUUUUUGGCAAGGGAAUAUCCAAUGCAAAAGUUUAUAUUGACUUCAUCAUUUGAAUCGGGAAAUAGUAAUGAUGUGUUGUUUUUGGAUGUUGAGGGAACUGCAAGUUUGGGAAAGUUAAUUGAUUGGCACUUGUUGAAAGGAAAGGUUUCUUAUAGGAAUUUGAAGGGAUAUUCUGUGAAUAUCAUGUUGGACAAUAAGAGAGAAUUAUCAGCUAUUAAUGAAAGAAAGGCCUUGAUUAAAGUGAGCGAUUUGAAGAGAGCAAUUGUGGACUUUCUUUCACAAACAAGUCCAAAUGUUGAAAUGCGAUUGGAAUGCUUUGACGAACAAAUGGAAAUUAAGAAUAGUCAAGACCAGAAAUUGCCAUCUCUCAAAUAUAUCACCAAGGAAGGAAAUCAAGAAGAAAUUCUCUCACAAAUGAUUAUUGAUUGUGAGAGAAAGAGUUUCGUUCUGAGAUCAUUAUUGAGUAGUUUUAAUUCAAGCUUGUCAGUUUCUCAAUCUCCAUCAAAUUAUGCUUACAUGAGAUUGAAUAUUCCAUUUGAUGUGUUGAAUCCAUUGAUGAGUGAUGAUGAAAUUCAUGUUUUCCAAUCUGAGGAAGUUACCUUGAUGGCAGUUCCAACCUUUGACCAAAAUUCAUUCUCUUCCACUGUGUUUUUCAAAAUUCCAGAUUUGGAGACUCAUUCAAACAUUCUUUCCAAGUUUUUCGUGACACAAUUUCCAUCAACCUAUCCUCUAAUUAGUGAAUACAUUUCAAAUCAAUUCACUGUUCAGAGACCUGAAAUUGUUUAUAAUUACAAGAUUGGAUCUGCUUCUGUUGGAAAUAUUCUAUUCAUUGAUAGUAGUGAAAUUCCACUUUUUGGAGAUCAAAAGUUACAAAAUUGUUUUGAAUUUUUACAAUUAUUGAGAGAUGACAUUGGAAAGUAUGGUAUCACGAGAGCAGACUCACAAAUUCUCAAGUCAACCAUUUCAUUCAAUCAAAAGGAAGAAGAUGUUAAUUUCAUUCAAUCUAAAAUUACUAAAUUUAAAGAGGAAAGAGAAAAGAUUGUAAAAUCCAAAAACUCAAUCAUGAAACUCUGUUGGAAUGUUGCCAAGAUGCCGUUCGUAGCUGUUGGAAACCACUUAUUAGAAGUCUUUGGAUUCAAACCAUCUGAUCUAUCCACAGGUCAAAAAUGGAUGUUUAGAAUUGCUUAUGUCAUAACAGCAUUUGCGGUGAAAGGAAAUAUUCAAAAUUAUUUGGAACUUAGAUCAUUUACCAAUGCAAUGGUGAAAAAAGUGGGAGGAUCAAGUACACUGUUUGCUGAGAUAGUGCAUCAAGGAGCUAAAGAUAAGUGGAAUUUAUCAUCACAAUUGCAACGAAUUGUAUGGAAUUCAACAGAAGUGUUAACCAUUCCUCAAAUUGAAGCUAUUAGUGGAAUUCUCAAAUAUUCGUUCAGUAAGAAGGAAUUCCUUGAUCUUUUGAUUUCAAGUGGAAACAUUCAAAAGAUGAAUGCAAUGGAUCUUCUCAAGAUUUUCACAAUGGUAGACCUUAUCACUUGUAGUUCCAAACUCAAAAUGAUUGAAAAGUUGAAGGAUUUUAUUUACCUAGACUCGAAGAAUGACAUUAAGAUCAUUUUGGCUGAUUUUUACUCUUCAUCUGAAAAGGAACUGGCAACACAAAUCCUUCAGGGAUGUGUAAGAAGUAAAUAA